AUGGAAAUGGUGCGUGUGAGCUUCAUUGUGGGUGUUGACUGCCAACGAUGCAAGAGACACAAGAUCAAAUGCUCCGGUUCUCAGCCCUGCUGCGAUACAUGCAGGAAGCGCAAGUUGAACCGCGUAAUCGAUGAUCGCGCCCAAAAGGUAUUGGUAACUCGAGGUUAUAUUGAGGACUUGCAGAGGAAGGUGGCCUUGUUGGAACGAAGUGAAGAGUUGCCAAGUCCGCAGACUUUCUCGGACGACUUCGAUAGACCAGGUUCACGUGACACUGCAGGGCCUUUUGAGGGCACUGAGUGGGAGCAGGCUGAACAUAACCCCGAAAUAACCAACCCGCUCUCGACAGUCUACCUGGGCACCUCCUCCAAUUGGUCCUUUGCUCGAAAGGUCCUGAGCAUGAUCCACGAGCAUCUCUAUGAUUCCCCUCUCCCGACUGACAGGCGCCACUUUGAUGAAACUGCCUACGAGCUGGGCUGGGAUGGCUUGCGGACAUCCAUGUCAUCUGAGGCCCCAAUGAUCCCCACCCUCGACUUCUCCAUCCAUCUCCUCAACGUGGUCAAGUUCCAUGUUGGUCAACUAUUUCAUAUAUUCGACGAGCCGUCCUUUAUGGAAGGCCUCUACGCCUACCACGAGAAUCCUGUGCAUCAGACCUCCGUCGAUCCACUGUGGUAUAUUCAAUACCUACUGUUGCUGGCGUUUGGCAAAGCCUUUUCCGUGCAAAGAGGUCUGAGUAGUCAACCUGCUGGAUGCGAGUUCUUCGUCAAAGCGCUGCAGCUCCUACCAGAUUUGACUCAUCUUUAUCAAUAUCCAAUGAUAGCUACUGAGAUUCUGUGCUGCGUAGCGCUGUAUCUACAGUCGCUGGACUUUCGGUCGUCGGCUUACGGGUUUAUCGGCCAAGCCGUACGAAUUUCUCUCGCCUCUGGUAUGCACACAAACAUGCCAAUUGACCAUCUAGGCGGAGAAGCCCUCCAGCGCCGACGCAGGAUCUGGUGGACGGUAUACAUUCUCGACCGCCAGAUGACCUCGUUCAUGGGCCUUCCGCAGUCCAUCGAGGAUAACCAGAUCUAUCACGAGCUUCCAUUGUUUCCCGAAUCACCGCAUAAAGUCACCGCGCUGAGUAUGCAGAUCAAAAUGUGCCAGAUAAUUGCGGAUGUUAACAGGACUGUGUAUGGAGUUGAUGGUCGUCUCAACAAAAAGUUCCUCUCGAGCACCAAGACAGCCCUAGGGAAUACCGCCAAUUUUUGA